AUGAUUGUCGUUGGUGAUACUGCGAAUUUAGAAUCCGCUGUUUCACCUGAGAAAAUUCAAGAAGGACCUCAAGAUACCUCUUCCUCAGAUGAAUCUUCCGACGCUUAUGUCCAAGAACACCAAGAUCGAGCUGCAUCAGCUGUUCUUGUCAAUGAUCUGUUCUGUGCGCCUACCCAUUCGGUAGAUAGAUGCACCUUCGGGAGCGCUUCUACCAACCUGAAACUGAAAAUCUCUCAUAUUCGUAAGGUUAUGAAGUAUGCAAACCGUAGACUUGAAAAGAUGAACUGGAGUCUGCUGAAGGAGCGAUUACCCAUGGACCAGAAAUGCAUGGAAAUUGUGUCUCCUUUGGGUCUGACGCAUGACGAAGUUAAGUUGGGGGGGGUACUGGGGGAAGGCAGCUUUUCAACUGUUUACGAGCGUAAGAAUCAUCCAGCACAUGUUAUUAAGAUUCUCAGGAAAAAGAUGAUGCACAAUCCUGCCAUGCUAGCUGCAUGCGCUGCUGAUCUGGUAAAAGAGGGGUGGAUUCUUGCAAAGUUGGCUGGAUCUGAAAAUGUCAUUCAGGUUCAUGCAUGGCAAGAGAAUGGGUUGCACACGCUGAACAACGGAUUUCAUGAUGGAUUUUUCCUCGUCUUGGAGCGACUUCAGUGCACCCUGGGGGACAAGAUUAAAGAAUGGCAAAAGAGAAAGUCUAAACUUUCAAACCCAUUCAAUCUAGUAAGAAGAGGCGGCUUGUCCAAUGGAGAGGCCAAAUUGCAACUACUCAAUGAACGGUUGGCUGUGAUACCUCAAGUCGCACGAGGGAUUGGCAGUAUGCACAAGAUGGGCUUGAUCCAUCGCGAUCUCAAGCCAGACAAUAUUGGUCUCGGAUUGGAUGGACAAUGGAAGAUAUUUGAUCUCGAUGUAGCGCGAAUCUGUCCUACUCGAAAUCCAGACCAUUACUUCACCAAGGGCUUUAGACUCACCAAGCGAGUGGGAUCUCCAAGAUACAUGUCGCCCGAAUGUGCCAAGGGAGCUCGGUACAACUGUCUCACAGAUAUCUACUCCUUUGGUCUGAUUGUUCACGAAGUCAUCACACUGCUCAAGCCCUACGAUGAAGUUCCUUCUGAACUUCACGAUCAACAGAUCUUUGACGAGCAUCACCGACCCUUGAUUUCUGAACAAUGGCCCUGUUCCAUGAAGUACUUAUUGGACAACUCCUGGCAUAAGAAUUGGAGUCAACGGCCCAACCUGAUUUUGGAGUCCUUCCAUACCUCAUUGACGGAACGAACUCUACCAGACUUUUUGGAUUAUAAGCAAGGCCGGUAUAGCACUACCAGACGAUCUUCCUUCUUUAUACGAAAAUCACUUCCACUUGCCCGAUUUCAGUCUAGCGGUGGAAAACAACGAGGGUCUGAAAUUGGCAAGGGGUCCAUGGAAGACGAUUUGGAAACAUCCUUUUCUACUCUCUUCACUGGAAGCUUCCGCACCGAUUUUCGAGAUGUUUCGCCUUCUAUUGACAGUACACAAGUUCUCAGCGUCUAA